AUAGUGUUAUACCCCAGUGAUUAUGAAAAUAAUAAUGAAAAGUCGGGGCCACGUGAAAUUUGAGUGGUACAAGUGAUUGGAUACAGUCCAAGUGUAUUGUGUGACUUAUAUGAACAAGGGCGACUGCCCUUUGAGUUUUGAUUGUACGAGAAUGUAUAGCUUGUGGCAACCAAGAUGAAUAAUGGUUCGAGAAGGGCCCUGACCGGCUCUAUUCAUAAAAUCAGGGAGUUCGAAUUGGAAAAAGUGAGCCUAGUAGAAGAGUUUGACAUUCUACAAAUUGUUGGAGAAGGAUGGUUUGGAAAGAUUUUGCUUGUAGAACACAGGGCUUCGGAUACAGAAAUUGUCUUGAAAGCCUUACCAAAACCUUACGUAUCCAUUAGAGAUUUCUACAGAGAAUUCCACUAUAGUUUACAUUUAAGCGCCCACAGAAAUAUAGUAACUACGUUUGACGUAGCUUUUGAGACUGCAGGAUUCUAUGUAUUUUGCCAAGAAUAUGCACCAUUGGGUGACCUCACAUCAAAUAUGCUUGAUACUGGAAUUGGUGAAAUUCACACCAAAAGGGUAGCAAAGCAAUUAUCGGCUGCAUUGGAACAUCUCCACCAAAGAGACUUAGUACACCGAGAUGUUAAGCUCGAUAAUAUUCUCAUAUUCAAGUCAGACUUCUCAAGAAUAAAGCUAUGUGAUUUUGGAGAAACUAGAAAGGUCCAAUCAGUUGUCCGAAGGCGAAAUGAGUGGUUACCAUAUUCCCCACCUGAAGUGCUAAAAUUAUCGAUGGACAGCAGUUACAAAGCAUUAAUUACCCAUGAUAUUUGGCAAUUUGGCAUCGUUAUUUUCAUUUGCCUCACUGGAUGUUUACCUUGGCAGAAAGCAGCUUUUGAUGACCCUCGGUACACUAGCUAUUACAAUUGGUACAAUAGUUCAAACCCACUGAAGAGACAACCGAAAUUAUGGAAAAUGGUUUCUUCGAGAGCACAGAAAAUGUUCAAAAAGUUUAUAGAGCCUAGAGAAGAAAAACGAGCAUACAAUUUCUUAGAACUUCCCCGCUAUUUAGAUGAUAGAUGGUUGGGCAAGGGUUAUACGGAUAGAGUCGCUGGAGAAGAUAUAGAUGAGCUGUGUCCCUCAAUGUACAGCUUCCACAGUGACCCCAACGAGAAAAACAUAUUAUUAAAACACUUUAGAGACAAUGGUAUCGAAACCACAGUAGACAGACAAGCAAAGAAACAAAGAAUUCGAGACUGGAUACAAAAUAGUGUAAUAGAAGAAGUUGAUGAGGAGGAGGAAAACCUUGAAGCGGCGUUUGAAGAUAGCGAUCAAGAAUUAGAGCAUAGAACAAGAAAUCACCCAAUAGACGAGAGCCAUAGGGUAACUUUACGAUUUGACACUGAAAAACAUAUCAAUCCUAGAACUGGGGAAGUUAUCGAUGGUGUUAAACAUGUACCAGAAAGAAAUCCGUUGUCUUAUGACGUUCAAAAUAUAGAAGCUGUAGCACCUGCCAAUGUGGUUAGAAGAUAUGGCAUGAAAGAAGAAAGUUCAUCUCACAGCUCGACUAAGGACAGUGCAUACGGAUCCAUGGAAGUCAAAGUAAAUAAAUCAACGAAAUCAAAUCAUAAAACUGAGAAUAAACAUAUAACAUCAAUAGAUAGUGUUCAAAAUAAUUCACCAAGUAGAUCAUUAAGCGCCACGUCUAUAAAUCAAAAUAGGUCACCAUUGACGUCACACGCUCAAAGAUUUCAAAGAAGUGAGGAGGUGUAUUCAAAAGAAUUAGAGAGUUUGAAAGGAAGUUCGUCCACAUUGCAUUCUUUAGGUAAUUCUUCACGGUCCAAUAGCCUUCAAGUAAAUCGAAACGAUUCUUUUGAAACAUCCUCUGUCACGGGCACACAAACUCCGCCAAAAACUGAAAGUGUAGCUACACCGAGACCUCAUAACCCUGUGGUAACGCAGAAUGGAUUCAGCCCUGGCGCUGGUGGAGGUACCGGUAAAUCUUCACCAGCACAACAGACUUCAAACCAGGCAUACGUUUCUAUGAAAAAUACAGUUUAUGAUAGUAAGAAUACUCGUAACAAUGACAAUAAUGCUACGACUGAAAGUAAUCUGCAGAAAAAUCAGACGCCGGACAGUCCCUAUACCUCGAUGAUGAAUAUAGUACAAGGCCAAAUGAAAAUUAAUCCUCAUGCUACAGAAACUAACAGAAAUACUAUCAACGUUUCAGUAGCACCAGUUAAUCGUAAAAAAUAAAUUGCUCAAAAAUAAGUUUUUUAGGGAUGCAAACUGCACGUUGUGAAUUUCAAAAUAUAAUCUGAACUGAUGCUAUUAAUUCAUUUAUUAUUUUAUAGUACUAAACUGAUUCACAUGUAUAGCUCCAUUUCCAUAAUUUUAUGCAUGCAGAUUGCACUUGCACUAACAUUUUCUUCUAAUUUAAUUUCUCAAAAUAUUUUUACACCAAGAUUUUGUUUACUUUUCUUCAUUUUCUUUUCAUAACUGCUUCUUCUUUCUUUUAACUAUAUUCUACCUAUUUACUGUAACAACCUACUAAUGCAAUUUUCUCUGUUUAUCGCACGUGCCCGCUUCUUCCAACAACUGCACUGUACUUCUAUGUAACAACAGGACCAACAGUUACCGCCUCUUCUUCCUGGUGUGCCCGAUUACAGAUUUGGUGUUCCAACAGAAACACUCACCUAUUUUGAAUCACAACACGAAUUUGAUAUGAUGUAGGAGUUAAAACACAACAAUAUUGUAUUAGUUCGAACUUAUUAUUGUGAAACUAAAUUAUUAGUGCCUUUUAAGGCUGUGAUUAAUUGACUGGACAUUCGGCCAAAGGCACGCAAAACUGAUAUCAAGUACUUUUAUUUAAGUUUAUUGUCGAAUUAGUCACCUUUUGUAUAUUUUUAUUGUUUAAUUAUGUGUUAAGUAUCGGUUAAGAGCUUGAAGUUAGAAUAGUAUAAAGACAAUUUGUAAUUUAUAUGUUUAGCAAGUAUGUAUUUAAAUGUUAUCUUUCCAAGUUGUACAACAUCAAUACAUUUAUGUUUUA